GGUCCUGUGGUAGAGUUAGGAGGGGCAGCCGGUCCCCGUCACGUUUGUUAUGACAGCCCACCCUCCCUGUCCCGGAGCACUGCGUGAUCUAUCUGCCGGGGAUCUGCUGCUGCCACCGCCGCCGCCGCUGAAUGCUCCUGGCCGCCAUGAGUCAGGCCAGGGACCCCCGAGAGCAGGAGCAGCCCGGGGGAGCCAGCCGCCCGCAGCCGGGACAGAGUGCAUCCCAGUUUCUGGAGAAGAACUUUUUCAAUGUCAACAGCCCAUUAGGGGGUGGAACCACAAACCCCCUUCUGCCAUCUCCUGCCAGUCUCCAGCUCGCUCAGCUGCAGGCUCAGCUCACCCUACAGAGGCUGAAAUUGGCCCAGAGUGCAGUGACCAGUAACACCGCUGCCGCUGCCACUGUCCUGAACCAAGUCCUCUCCAAGGUGGCUAUGUCCCAGCCACUCUUCAACCCACUGAGAAAUGCUACCAUGAUGGGCGCCCACGGAGCCGCCGGAAUGGCUUCCCUCGGUCCUGCCAUCCACAAUGCCAGGUUUCCUUCUGCAGGCUUACGAUUCCCUUCCCAAAACACAGCUAUGCCGUCAAAAUACGCCCAGAAUCUGAGCCAAAACUCUAUGCAGCCUUUCGGGAAACCGAUGGGUGGGAACAAGGCUGACGGCUUCCACGCAGGAUCCCAGUCGUUCACUUCCGAGGCCGAGCAGUCCUCAUAUCACAGCUUCCCUUGCAGAUCGGACGAAAACUCGGAUGGUCGUUACCCUCAUAAACAUAACAAUCCAUCUGGAUUUAAAAAUCAGUAUUUUGAGAUGCAUGGACCGCACCACGCCAUGAGCCAUAAAGGAGAUGUUGGUCAGGGUGCACCUAACACUCAGUGGGAAGCCCCUCACCAGUGGCAGUCACCCAGAAAUGAACUGUACAACCCGGAAGAGCCGACUCCUGACACCAAAUUCAGCCCCUCCAGCUCUCCGGUUUUCAGCAGACACAAUAACGGGAAAAUCGUAACUUGCAACUCAUCUCUGAAACCGCAGGAACUGAAUGAUUUCCAUGGCCUUCCCCCUGUGCACCUUCCUCACACCUGCGCUGUGUGCGACAAAAAGGUCUUCAAUCUAAAGGAUUGGGAGCUGCACAUUAAAGGCAGGAUGCAUAUGCAGAAUGUGAUGUCUUACUCAGGGAGCACUGGGAUAAAGUGUGCGCCCAACUCCUGUGACGGGAUAUUAGCUUCCUCUAUGAAUUCCGACUUUCACGCCAUGAACAAUGAAGGAAUUGCAUCAGAUAUUGAUCAGUUGUAUGCUCCUCCGGCACCGGCUGCCUCAUUCCUUCCUUCUGGAGUAACCUAUUCCGGACCACCCAUUGGCGCUAAGUUUGCACAGAGGAAAUCAUCUGAAGGGCGAGUGGUCCAUAUUUGCAACCUCCCUGAAGGAAGCUGCAAUGAGAAUGAUGUUAUUAAUUUGGGAUUACCUUUUGGGAAGGUCACAAACUACAUCCUGAUGAAAUCAACAAACCAGGCAUUUCUAGAGAUGGCGUACACAGAGGCUGCGGAGGCCAUGGUGCAGUUCUACCAGGAGAAGCCGGCGGUGAUAAAUGAUGAAAAGUUAUUGAUCCGCAUGUCAAAGAGAUACAGAGAGCUGCAGCUGAAGAAGCCAGGCAAGACUGUUGAUGCCAUCAUCUAUGACUUACACACACAGAGGGAAAGAGACCUGUUUCGUGACACUGACAGAUAUCGAAAUGAAAGGACAAGAUCACGCAGCCCCGUCAGCCGAUCUUUGUCUCCAAGGUCACACACUCCAAGCUUUACAUCAUGUAGCUCCACUCACAGCCCCUUGGGGGCAUCUAGGGCAGAAUGGGGGAAUGGAAGGGAGUCCUGGGAUCAAGCGGCGUAUGGUAGGUAUGAGGAUGACCGAGAAAAAGGAACACGGAGGGACAAUGGAGAAGAGAACAGGGACAGGACAGACCACUGGGUUCACGAUCGAAGGCAUUACUCCAGACAGACCAACAAGCAAGUGCUUGAUGAUCGAAUUGAUGGGCCUAGAGGGCACAGGGAAAAACAAUGCAACCCUCACUCAUCGUCCAGAUAUAAGGGCAAAAAGGUGGAGAACAACAGGAAAGAGUCCAGCACAAAACCAGAGACAAGAUCGCCGGAUACAGCCGGACAGACAAAGAGGAAAGAAGAUGGCAAGUUACGAGAAACCAAGGAUAGCCAUACGGAAGACAUAGGCAGGAAAGAUGAGUCGGAGUCUAAACCAAGUAAAGAGAACACUGAACCUGUGGAGAGCACACAGCAGAAUGCGGAUAAGAAAAAUAAAACACCUGAAACAAUUGAGGACGUUAAAGAAAAUAAAGACGGUGAACAGACUGUAAAUAAAGGAGAAACGAUUAACCACAACUCAGUGCCAAGCCGAGCCAAGAAGGACUUGGAAGAACCAGAUAUUGAACCUGCAAUUAGACAGAAAGAGCAGGACUGGGAGAGUGGAAGUGAGCUGGAAGGAGACAGCUGGUACCCAGCAAACAUGGAAGAACUUGUUACUGUGGAUGAGGUCGGAGAGGAAGAUCUAAUUGUAGAACCAGACAUUACUGAGCUUGAAGAAAUUGUUCCGGUGGUGGCAAAGGACAACGAGAACUGCAUUCAGAUGUGCGCACUUGGGAUAAACGCCGUCGAUUUGCAAUGCCGAUAUAAUCAGAGAACCAGGAGUGCGUGUUCCUCUGUAGUGAUGAGCUGUGCGUCGCUUAGAGUAAGUGCAAGCCCAGCCAGCAGCUGCUGCGACCCAGCUGUCAACGUGCCAGAUGUAAACGCAGAAUCCGAAGAGAAAGGCGGUCAGCUGGAGAGAAAUGCCAAAAGUCCUGAGAGACUCCAUGGGAAGGAAAGUGCGAGAGAGAGUAUAGGUGACAUCACGGACCCGGAAAAGACUGCUGUAGAGCUGUAUAAGAGAAUGGACUCUCCGCCAGACAGGAAUGUGAUAAUGAUGGAGGUGCACAUAAAAGAGGACAGACGUAAUAAAAGGGAGCGAGAAAUCUCAGUUUCUGAAGUGAAACCUGAAGUGCCAGAACUAGAUCCAAAGGAAACACAUUUGUCACCUUCAUGGGAGCAGGAUGAUGUCUUUACUGAGCUAAGCAUCCCUCUUGGUGUGGAAUUUGUGGUCCCAAGAACUGGCUUCUACUGCAAACUCUGUGGCCUCUUUUACACCAGUGAAGAAGCAGCGAAAACAUCUCACUGUAGGAGCCGAGUGCACUACAAAAACCUCCAGAGUUACCUAUCGAGGCUAGCCGAGGUUGGGCCAGGACAGAGCAACGCGGAGACUGCAGUUCUGCAGCAAGACGAUGUGGGGAUUGUUCCCCAGUUUGAGAAGAGCAGACCUUGAAGCCGGAGAUUCGCUGUCAUUGUCAGUAAGGACGCUACAGAACAAUACGGAUUGUAUGAAGGCUGGAGUCAUUCUGCGAUAGGAGACUUAUAGUGCCCACGGUACCAUGAAAUACCAUAUUAUCCACAGAGCGAACCAGCUGCGACGCCAGACCGAUACAACCCAGGGUUAUAACUCCAACGUGCUGAAGCAUCAGAUACAACCAAUAUUUUUUUUAUUUAAUUUAUUUGGGGGAAAAAAUAAUUCUUUCCCUUCUAUUCUUAGCUAUGAUAAAGUGUGGCGAAACCUUUAACGUAGGAAAAGGACUUUAUAAUCCGGUAACGAUGUAAGGAGGGCAUAUGCCAAAUGUAAAAUCUGUAUUGAGUCUGCCUGGUGUCCGGGUGCUCCGACUAUUAUAAGACAAGGCAUAUAAUGUACAAGCAGAUAACUAGAACUGAUAUUCUACAGAUAAAAAUAUUUUCCUGCACUGACUGUAAUGCUAAAUCGCUUAUUGUAAUGAGCGCGCCGUGUUAACGGCUGUCAGACGAGGACAUUUCCUCAAAUGUCAAGAAAUUUUGAAAAGGAAAAAACGUUUUAGAUUCUCACAUACUGUAUUUGGGGACUAGAAGACGUAUCACUGCGGUCAGUAAAUUGCUGAUCUUUAUUCUAGUUAUACACAGAGAGCCGUGCAUUAGUAUGCAAGGAUAAGCCCCAUUGUGCCUUAGUUUUUAAAAUGCAUACUGUGCCAUGGAGGAUAUAUAUAUUUAUUUUAAAUACAAUUUUGAUUUCUCAGGGAUUUACUAAGUGUAACUAAUCCAGAUUAUGUUUUAUUUAUGACCAGUACCUCAGAGUGGAAGUGCACUAGAAGUGAUGUAAAAUUAGCUGCAGUCGUGUAUUACUCCAAUAGGACAAAGAUAGAACCACUGAUAAUGGAGUCUGUGAACAGAAUAUGGAUGUAUGUUGUUGCUAAAAUUUAAUAAUUCUGUCUAUAAAUUUUGGUAUAUUUAAAAUAAACACUGCAAGCUAGCAGCAGGAUGGCCAGGGGCAAUUGGGAAAUAAAAGUGGCUUUGCAUGGUCAUCACCAGAGAUAUACCGGGUAACCGGCAGCCCCACCCCUCACAUGUCAACAAACAAACAGGCCCUGCGCACACAUCGGCCCACCAGGGGUCUUCCGAAGGGGGGCAUCCGCUCCUGCUGAUGGCACAACCCCCUGUCUACGGCAUUAUCGCAAUGUACAGCCAGGUAUUCACAUGCACACAUUCAUAACAGAGUAAGAUAUAAUCUUCUUCUGUAGAACCUGGGACACUUAUACCGUUGAACAAUAAAGAGCCAAUCAGGAGACUGGAAUCAUUCUUAGAAAGUGAUGAUGCUAUAGAGAGCUCCUUGGGGUCAGGGAGCGUGCUCCUGCCAGUACGUGGGAGUCUCUCACUCUCAUUAAGACUUAUAUACAGCCAAAAUAUGGGGAACUGUAACGAGGUGGAGAUAGACUCAACUACACUACGUAUGAUUAUUGCUAUUGUCUGAUAUGUGCCAUUGUAUCACAGGUCUGCUGCAAGUGCCCCAGACUGCUGCAGAGGCAGUAUGAUUGUCCUGACACCACUAGCAGAACGUUACAUUGGCUUGGGGCGUCUUGUUUAGCUUGUAAGUAUAUUUUCUCAUUAGGUAGGAUUGUCCCGACUUUGAGGGGACUCUUCCACCGUCCAGCGAAUUAGGACAUUUGCAGUCUGGGUGCAUGCCCGGUUACAGUAGGUACCGCUUGAAAUGAAGGGGUGUUUUUUUGAGGGAAAGGGAGCUCUUUAGGUGCGCUAGGCACUCCCCCUGUGGGAUGUGGCAUUAACAAUGUGACAUGGCCAUAUCCUGCGUAGUGUGACCCUGAUGCCGAGAUUUAGAACAAUCAAAUGUUGUAGAAACGCGUUAGUAAUAGAGCAGGUGUUAGUGCAGAAAGUAAUAUAUUACUAAACUUGAUUAUCAGAAAAGAGUGGGUUAUCAGCUGUUUUGGAGGGGUAACGGCAAGCAGUAAGCGUCACCUGAAUGUAUGUACGGAGCACCGCAGCUGAUAUCACAGAUAUUUGUACAGUUCCUCUUGUCAGUUGCAAAAGCAGCCCACAUAGGUUUCCGAUGAGGGUUGCUAAGAUGCUGUAUUUGCCAAGCUCCGGCAUACAAAGCCAUCAUUAGAUGGCAUUAGCCAUUGUAGCCUACAGGCUACAUUCCGUCAAAUUUUCUGGAAGCUCCUGUCCCUGCAUGUGUUUUCUGAUACAUUCUUAUUUACACAUUGGGGGUCAUUCCGAGUUGUUCGCUCGCAAGCUGCUUUUAGCAGCUUUGCACACGCUAAGCCGCCGCCUACUGGGAGUGAAUCUUAUCUUAUCAAAAUUGCGAACGAAAGAUUAGCAGAAUUGCGAAUAGACACUUCUUAGCAGUUUCUGAGUAGCUCCACACUUACUCGGCAACUGCGAUCAGUUCAGUCAGUUUCGUUCCUGGUUUGACGUCACAAACACACCCAGCGUUCGCCCAGACACUCCUCCGUUUCUCCAGCCACUCCCGCGUUUUUCCCAGAAACGGUAGCGUUUUUUCGCACACACCCAUAAAACGGCCAGUUUCCGCCCAGAAACACCCACUUCCUGUCAAUCACAUUACGAUCACCAGAACGAAGAAAAAACCUCGUAAUGCCGUGAGUAAAAUACCUAACUGCAUAGCAAAUUUAGUUGGCGCAGUCGCACUGCGGACAUUGCGCAUGCGCAUUAGCGACUAAUCGCUCCGUUGCGGAAAAAAAAUAACGAGCGAACAACUCGGAAUGACCCCCAUUAUGCGUCGAUUAGAAAUUAUAAUUAUUAGGACCAAGUCCGGAUAAUUGUUAAAUAUGAUCCUAAUUCCUUAGUUAGGGUUUGAAAUAAAUCCAUCUGGAAGAUACCAUUUUGCACCUUGGCACAAUUCUGGACAUAUGUGAGAUGUGAGGUUAGAUUUAUAUUUGGGAGGAGGAUGCUCCCAGUGUUGGACUGGCACACAGGCAGAGAUGUAGCUAGGUGCCAUGGUGCCCGGAGCAUGGGUAUGUUUCGGUGCCCCCUCCCCUUUUUCUGAAUUGGGUGCAUCUGACAUUUGAAAAGAAAACAAUAAAGAAAAAUCCUAAAUUGGGGCCAGGGCCAGUUCUAGACAUUGUGGAGCUCAAGGCGAACGUUUCCUUUGGGCGCCCUCAUUUUUAAAAUCGGGGCAGUGCGCACUAAAGGCGCACAGCAAAAAUAUAGGAGCGUGGCUUCAUGGGGAAGGUGUGUGGCCACAGAAUAAUACGGAUUCAGAUUACACCGCACAGUAGUGUCCGUUAGUCACAUUACACCACACACACAGUAGUACCCCUUAUACACCUAACACAACACAAUAGAGCCCCUUAUACAUGUUAUGCCACAGGUGAGCCGCUUAUACAUGUUACUCUACAGCUUCUAAUGCAGUAGAAGCAGCAGCAGAGGCAGAAAGAGGUGCUGCAGCAGCUGGCACAGAGAGAGGUGCUGCAGCAGCCAGGGCAGAAAGAGGUGCUGCAGCAGCGGGGGCAGAGAUUUGUGUAGCAAGACAGAAGUGACCCUGCUGCACAGCUACAUGCAGACGGUGAGACAUAUAAAGAGGGGCGGGCAGAGCUCUGGCACAUACUGGCUGUCAGUGUCUCCUGCUGUUCCCUACCAAGUCUCCGAGUCAGUGUGCGCCCUUUCUCCUUCACCUCCUCCUGGCCUGUGGCUGCCCGAACAGCGGCCCUUGAUAUAUCAGGUGGAGGGAGAGGGGAAGUCAGGCGGAGUGCCCUUUAACUUUUCCAGCGUCCGGAGCUCGCGCUCCACUGGGGCCACUCUCGCUACACCCCUAACCACAGGGGCUCAGAGGAAACCCCCGGUGGACCCCACUGCAAUUGGGGGCCCUACCUCUGCCUCUAGGGAUUAGGUUUCAGACUGUGCACUUGAGUUAUGCAUCAUACCAUGGUUGGACUGGCCCACAGGGGUACACCGGGAAACCCCCGGCGGGCCCCACUGGCUGGAAAGGGGGGGGGGGAUCACAUCAUCCUCUAGGGAUCAGGUUCCAGAAUGUGCACUUGGAUUAUACAUUAUACAUAGGUUACCUUAUACUGCACAGGACUAUGGUGUAUUUUCUAUAGUGCAUUGCUGUCAUGAAUCUGGUACAUUAUCAUACAUGCUCAAGCAGUAUUUAUGAUUUGUCAAGGGGUCCAGCCUAUGCACUCUUUAAUGGUUAGCCAAACCUUUAUGGUGGCUGGCCACACCCCCUCUGGAAACUGGUCACACUGCUAAAUAUGGGCCCCUAGCACUGCAUUCCCCCAGGGGGCCCUUCAUGCUCCAGUCCGACACUGGACACUUCCUUUCUCUAAAUCUUAAGGUCCAUACACACUUGCUGAUAAAAUGAGCUACGUCACUCAUUUUCCCCCUCCCUGAGUGACGUCGCUCAUUUUAUCGGCAAGUGUGUAUGCCGCCAGCGACGACCGAUGCGCAGCCCCGCGGGUCACCAACGAUCGGCGCUGUCGGUAGGUAGGGCAUGCAUGCAGGAUCUGGACUGUCGUCCACGACCUGAAUGCAGGGCUGGCGGAGGCGUGACGUCACUGAGCGAUAUGAGCGGUCAUAUCGCUCAGUGUGUACAGUCGGCCGCCGACUGGCCGGCCGGCCCGUGAGGGGGAAACAUUAGACGACGUCGCUCACAAUGUGUACGGACCUUUAGUUUAAAAAUAAAGUUGCCCCAAAAAAAAAAAAUAAGCAGUUUCCCCCCUUGCAUUGCAGCAUGGUUUAUCCAGGUACACAGUGCUCCCUGUGGCUGGUUUAGCACCUAACUGUACAUUCAGCAAUAUAAUAUCACAGCAUCAAAGGCAGUUAUAGCUGUUUCCCUUCUUUCCUGAAGGAUUUUACAUGCACUGUUUGUUUAAUAUGUAUAAUACGGCAGUAUUGACAAUGCUGAAUGUUAGAGAAUGUGUUGUUUAAUACAUAAAACCCGGAGCAACAGGAGUGAGUGUACUAUUACAUUGUAACAGCACUUCCCAUGUUAUAUGAGCCACCUACCCCAUGCCCACAAAAUGUUACCGGAAUGAUGUUAUCUUCAGAAAAUCUCUCUCCAUAAAAACUCCCCAGACGCCGGAUUCAAGAGAGGGGCUUUGGAAUAGUCUUUCUGUCGCCAAGGACAGGCUCGUUACGCAGAUGUUACCGUAGCAACACUGACAUUGUCCACUAAAUGAUCAUUGUAGAUCAGUAACAGGCAACCUGACACUCUCUGGGUGCCGCAGCAGGCAGCCCUCUAAUCUUCAGAGGGGCCGCACUUAAUCUCAGUAGUAAGUUAAAUCAAUACAUUUAAUCAAUGAAUCUAUCUGCAAUACAAUAUCUCACAUUGUUGACACAGUCAAUGCCGAAAAGGUUAAAAUGCUAUUUAAAAUAUUUUAACUGUGUCGGCAGUAUAGCUUUAAACAUACUGUAAACAGCUUGUUUAACGUUAUAAUGCCGACAUGUUAACAUGCUUUUAGUAGCAUUUUACCCUUGCCAACAUACUUCUGUUGAGAGUGACAUACUGUAGUCGAGAAUAUCGCUGCCGACACAAAGACUGCAUCCCGUUUGUGCGAUAUUCUACUAGUCUUUUUUAUUAUUUUAACUGUGAGCAAAGAAAUGUUCCGCUUGCUUUUUAUCACGUACACAGAGCAGGUCACUACUGCCCUCUGUAGGUUUCUUAGAUUGCUAUAAACGUACAGAUGGAGCCAUGCUCAUCUAGGCUUCUCUGCUGCAUCUAGGUGCACCAAGGCUUAUUAGCAUAAACAUUUCAUCUAUUGUUCUCAGCUGCAAUACAAUACAGAGAGAACACUACAUCAGGGGAUUAAGUCAUUACAGCAGGGGAUUAAGUCCGACUGCCCAGUCUCAAUUAAUCUUAUUAAAGGGAUAGAUGAGCAUGACUCCAUCUGUAUAGCCACAAGGACAAUUCAGUGUGGCACAUUAUAGGUUAGUAGUUGUAUUAUCGUUGUGUAAGGGCUACUGCUGACAGUAUUCCGCCCACUGAAUAAAGUAGAGCUCACUGUCUGAGUAUGUGCAUGCUUGAACGUCUUCCAUUAACCUUACUGGUCAAUAUGUAUAUAGGAUAGGAUACAAAUUGUGACAAAGCUGUCUAGGUCUGCUAACCUAUUUAUAAUGUGAAUUUACAUUUUUUACUACUUUCAUAUAACUGGUUCACCAAGA